AUGAGGACUCCAGAAUCCCCGAUUGAGGUACAUAUAUAUGGCAAUCUAUUUGAUUGGUCGGAAGAUAGGCUGUCCCUGAACCAGCGAAUCGUGGCCGAAAAUUAUUUGCGAUUUGUUCUUAAGUUUUUGGAGCAAAAACGUUUGGAGAAAAAGCGUGCUGAUAAUAAUAGAAAUAACCCCAUCUCCGGGGUAGAAGAAAACAACAACGGAGAGAGGGACAAGAAAAAGAAAAGAAACAACAAGCCUAUUGACAAAACACUCGAUGGGACUGCUGAUGGAAUCAGACGAGAGGGUCCGGAUUUGACCAGUUGGCUUGAGUCGGAAUCUGGAAAACAUCGGAAAUUGAGAACAAAGAGCGCACUUCAAAAAUCAUUCGAAGAGAACGUCCGGAACGAUACUUCCAACCUGAAACCGUUGACUCCAGCGAAAGGGGGAAAGGGGACCCGCAACAGAAAUGAGACAAUGCUCUGGUUGGUCUGGAGACAGGUCUCUCUAGCGCACGCAUUGCUUGUGCUUUACAGCUUCUCCCAAAAUGACCUUGACAACUUCACAUUUGAGGAAAUCAUAUUCAUCGUUGAGUAUGUGACACAAAAUCAGAAUUCGCUCAGCUGUGAAGCUCUUGAAGAAGAAGCCAGUAGCCUUGUUUCGGGAUCACGACUCAGCACAACACCGCCAUUUCUAGAAUGUGAGAAGAGACUGGGCUUCCAUAAUUCCUCCGAAGAUACCAUCAGAAGUUUUUCUAGUCCUUCGGUAGACCUUGGUAACAAUGGAGAUUUUGAGAUAGAAGUAGAAGAGGACCCGUCCGAAGAUCAAUUUGCCACGAAGAAAAGAAAACGAGCAUCGCCCUUUUCGGCAUCAGAUGGCUUAAAUAACAACAACUCUAACCAGAGUGCCCUCACAGAAAUGCCUCACGCUUCUUCAUUCCCUACUUCCCAUACAGUCAUGUUGUCUCCGGCUUCGUUGGAACUACUUGGCCUGUUUGCCGCUCUCGGUGGUAUGAAGGUACCAAGUCUAAUAUUUGAGCGAUUUUUGAGCCCUCAGCUACGUUGGAGUGAAGAUGGGGACCCUGUCCGUGCACCAUUGUUUUCAGAUUCUGUCAUGCCGCUUAGCAAGUUUUUCAAUCCUGAAUGUUUGACCAAAUCUUUGAAGGAACUGUGUUCAAGUUCGUGGAUUUACAUGGAUGGUUUUGAGAACCAUUCGUAUCAAAGUUUUUCUAUUUCUGAAAGCGCAAGAGAAUAUUCUGCGCAGCUUUUGAAAGUCAAGGAUCCGCAUCACUGGAACUUGCUCGCGUUGCAGUUUGUCUGCCACGUGUUCCCUCGCGACUCCACUCUGGAGGCCAGCUUCCAGAGACAUGGGAAAAUACUCUCUCCUGUCAUCGAUCAUUUGGCUAAACAAAGCAAGGCUUGGGAGCUUCCAAGAUCUACAAUAAUAGAGCUUGCAGAAGUCCUUGUUGCAAAAGCGAGGCUCGGAAGUUCACAAUAUAAUCGACAGGCGCUGGAUGAAGCUAUUCAAAUGCUCGGUGACGACAUUCCAGACCAUAUUCAAGCUUCCAUUGCUCUCCGACGGAGUAUAUUUGCCCGGUUAGACGGGGCUUAUCACUCAUCUGAACAAAUAAUCCUUGAUUAUCAGAAAGGAGCCCCAUAUCCUGGGCCGACCAACCCGAGACUACGUGCGUUAAGUCGGCUGUUGAUGAUAUCUCACCUGGAGAACUUGAUACAGCUUGAAGCUUAUGAAAAGGCCGAGAAUGAAAUAAGUGAACUCAACAAAUGGGAGCCGAGCGAGACAACUUGGUCCCCAAUGGAACUAUCUGUCAGCUUCAAGAAAUGGUCUACAGUCUCGAAAAUCUACCAAUCCCGUGGCAGAUUAGAAUCGGCCAGGUCGUACCUUGCCAGUUGCUAUAUCUUUCUGCAGCCAGAAUAUCUCCAAGACGAUCUGAAAUUGAUCCCUGAUCCAAACCGGUUCCAGAUCAUCACGAGAUUAUCAGAUCUACUGUGUGCAGAGGGGUAUUGGGUCGAUGCGCGGUCGAAGAUUGAAAUUGAAAUCGACUCAAUUUCGAACAAAAUUCAGGGAACAUUUGCCAAGGCCCUCAAACGUCUGAAAGUCUCUUUGGUGGAUGUCGACAUUGCCGAAAGUAAAUACGAUCAAGCUUCUUCGGGUGUUGAAUGGCUGAAACAGCAAUUCCAUGAGAUCUCGUCGCCAGAUAUCAGUGAUCAGUGGCUGCAUGUACGCUCAACUAUUGCCUCUGCUCGACUUAUGCAUUUCCAAUCCCGGUUCCAGGACGCCAUAUCUGAGUGGGAGCAGGUUCUUUCGCUUGUGGAAAAAUAUCCCAACAGCUUUGAAUCUGAAGGCUUCUUCUAUGGUAUUGCUCAAUUAUCCAUCUCCCUAGCACGUGUUCAAAUUGCUCGUUCCACGACCGACGCUUCUCGCAUUGACCUGCAAAGUUGGCGCGCUGAUACGAGACAAUAUUUCGAUAAAGGGUGUAAAGUUCUGGUUCGCGAGGAUGUGAAUUAUUGGAUUCCCACCUUGCCGAAGACUGCCAUACCCGAUCUUUUAUCAAACAUACAGUCUCAGGAACCGACCUGGAGUAUGGCAGAUGAUUUCAUCAAUCUCCAGCAAAAAUACCCCCUUCUUCCGGUGUGCGAAAAAAGACAACAGGGAUUAUCUUCCAAGAUAUGA